AUGGGGUCGUUUCUGUCAAACCUACUUGGAGGACCGCCGGCGGACGACUCAGCCGCGUCAUCGGAGGAGUCUCGGGUGACGUCGUUUCACUCAUCCGCCAGAUGGCAGCUUCACUUCAAUUCCCACAAGGAAUCUUCCCAGCUGCUGGUGAUCGAUUUCUCGGCGUCGUGGUGCGGACCCUGCAGGCUCAUAGAGCCGGCCGUCCACGCCAUGUCCACCCAGUUCACCGACGUUGACUUCGCCAAGAUCGACGUCGACGAGUUGUCUGAGGUGGCACAGGAAUUUGGAGUGCAGGGAAUGCCGACGUUUGUGCUGUUGAAGAAAGGGAAGGAAGUGGAUCGAGUGAUCGGUGCCAAAAAGGCUGAGCUUGAGAAGAAGGUUCAAAAGUACCAGUCUCUCUAA